CAUGACAUUUACUAUCAAUUAGAGGACGUUAUUCAACAACAAAAGAGACUUGCCACUUAUACAGCACCUUCUGACGUGUAUGAAGAUCUAGUGGGCAGUGACGAUGAAAUUGAUCCAUUUAAAGACCGGCAAGGAUCUCGCAGAAUUAUUGAUCGACAGAGCGAAUACCACUCACGUAGAUUAAAUCGAGCAAUAUCACCAGAAAGAAAUGAUCCCUUUGCAGAAGGAGAAGAUGGAAAGGGUGAUUCGCGUUCCUAUGCUGAUGUUAUGCGAGAGGCUGAGUUAGAAAGAGAAGAGGUGCGUGUUAGACGUAAAGUUGAGGAAAUAGUUAAAGAAAAAAAGGAAAAGGCCAAAGAGGCAUCGGUAGAACAGGCAGCUACUCAGAAGAAACGAAGAUGGGACAUGGAGACACCCGUAGAAGUUAAAUCAAGCUCUGAAUGGUCAAAACCUGAUGAUGAGGCACCUAUAUCAAAGAGCAGAUGGGAUGAAACACCCAGGACGAUGGAUGAAGACACUAGUUUAGAGACUCCUCGCAAAAGGAGCAGGUGGGAUGUUACUCCACAGGUCUCGACAAAAAAAUCUCGUUGGGACGAAACCCCUGCACAUCCAUCUGUCCAAAUGGGUGCCACUCCUGUUGGCAACCUUGGUCUUCUCACACCGACUCCAGGACAUCUUGUUCUUAUGACUCCUGAAGAUUUAGAUGCACGCAAUCGACCUCUUACAGAUGAGGAACUUGAUGCAAUGUUUCCUUCAACUGGGUACAAAAUUUUGGACCCACCACCAGGAUACGUUCCUAUUCGAACACCUGCUCGCAAAUUAAUGGCUACCCCAACGCCUAUGGGUGGUGAUGGAUUUGUGAUGUUGGAGGAAGAUCGAAAUCAAACUUAUGACCUACCCGCUGAAAUCCCAGGUGUAGGCAAUUUGCCAUUUUUUAAACAAGAAGACAUGCAACAUUUUGGUAAACUAUUAGAAGACAAAGAUGAAAGUGAAUUAUCUGUUGAUGAGUUGAAGGAACCUCGAGAUUUUGGUGCAGGUCCUCUAUUCAAUCAAAUUCUUCCUCUUUUGAUGUCGCAAAAUUUAGAAGAUCAGGAAAGACACUUGUUGGUCAAAGUCAUAGACCGUAUACUUUAUAAAUUGGAUGCUUUGGUUCGUCCUUAUGUUCACAAGAUCCUUGUGGUUAUUGAACCGCUUUUGAUCGAUGAAGAUUAUUUCGCACGAUGCGAGGGGCGUGAAAUUAUAAGCAAUCUGAGUAAAGCUGCAGGAUUGCCAACUAUGAUUGCUACUAUGAGACCAGACAUUGACCAUGUGGAUGAAUAUGUCCGAAAUACUACCGCCCGUGCUUUUUCUGUUGUUGCGUCUGCUCAUGGUAUCCCUGCACUUCUUCCGUUUUUGAAGGCCGUAUGUAAGAGUAAAAAAUCAUGGCAGGCUAGACAUACUGGUAUUAAGAUUGUUCAACAAAUUGCUAUUCUGAUGGGAUGUGCAGUACUGCCCCAUUUAAAAAAUUUAGUUGAAGCUAUCGCUCAUGGUUUAGAGGAUGAACAACAAAAAGUUCGUACCAUCACCGCUCUAGCCAUUGCUGCUUUAGCUGAAGCCGCUGCACCAUAUGGUAUAGAGUCAUUUGAUUCUGUUCUCAAACCUCUUUGGACUGGUAUUCGUAAACAUCGUGGUAAAGGGCUUGCUGCUUUUUUGAAGGCCAUCGGAUACAUUAUUCCAUUAAUGGAUGCUGAGUAUGCUAAUUACUAUACAAAGGAGGUCAUGAUUAUUUUGAUUCGAGAAUUUCAAUCUCCUGAUGAAGAAAUGAAAAAGAUUGUUCUUAAGGUCGUAAAGCAAUGUGCUGCAACUGAUGGUGUUCAACCAAAAUACAUUAAGGAGGAAAUUCUUCCAGAAUUUUUCAAAAACUUUUGGGUUCGACGUAUGGCUCUCGACCGUCGAAAUUACCGCCAAGUUGUAGAAACGACUGUUGAACUCGCACAGAAGGUUGGUGUUACUGAAAUUGUUGGUCGAAUUGUUGAAGACUUAAAAGAUGAGUCUGAACCAUAUAGAAAAAUGGUCAUGGAAACUGUUGAAAAAGUUGUCAGUCAAUUGGGUGCAGCAGAUAUUGAUACUAGAUUGGAAGAGGUGUUAAUUGAUGGUAUUUUAUAUGCCUUUCAAGAACAAACUGUAGAGGACAUCGUGAUGUUAAAUGGGUUUGGUACAGUCGUCAAUGCUCUUGGACUUCGCGUGAAACCUUAUCUGCAACAAAUUACUUCUACUAUUUUGUGGCGUCUCAACAAUAAAUCUGCAAAAGUUCGUCAACAAGCCGCCGAUCUAAUAUCUCGUAUUGCUGUUGUCAUGAAGACAUGUGGUGAAGAAAAACUCAUGGGUCACCUUGGUGUUGUCCUUUACGAAUAUUUAGGCGAAGAAUAUCCAGAGGUGCUUGGAUCUAUUUUGGGAGGAUUAAAAUCUAUUGUCAACGUAAUUGGCAUGUCAAGUAUGACACCACCCAUUAAAGAUCUUCUUCCCCGUUUGACGCCUAUCUUGAAGAACAGACAUGAGAAAGUACAAGAAUCUUGUAUUGAUCUUGUAGGUCGUAUUGCCGAUCGUGGUGCAGAAUUUGUUAGUGCAAGAGAGUGGAUGCGCAUAUGUUUCGAGUUAUUAGAUAUGCUUAAGGCACAUAAAAAAGGUAUCCGUCGUGCUACGGUAAACACAUUUGGCUAUAUUGCUAAAGCAAUUGGUCCACAAGAUGUUUUGGCAACGUUACUUAAUAAUUUAAAGGUUCAAGAACGUCAAAACAGAGUUUGCACUACAGUAGCUAUCGGUAUGUCUUACUUUUGA